AUGGGAUCUUUGCAUGGGUUUGAAUGGUUUUUCAAAAAAGGCAUCCAAACUUGAACAGUGUGAGGGAGUUGAUCUACAAGAGGGGAUAUGGAAAGGUUCAAAAUUGAAGUCGUUGCUGAUUUGAGUACAAAUCUUUACCAUCCCCAAAAUUCGAUGAUUGAAGACGAUGGCACUUUUGAGAUUUUAGAAGUUCUUUGAAAAUAAAAUAGAAUUGGGCCACGCCUAAAUUAGGCAGGCCCAAAACUCAUUCAUGGUUGUCUGGUUAAAUGAAUACGGAGUAUGAGGAGGAUUGAUCGACGAAGGUUUUAGGGUUUCGCGGCCAGGGCUUUCGCCUCCAUUUUUGAAGACAAAGCUUUUUACAUCUGAGAUGGCUGAAGCACAGAAUGGAGCCCCAUGUGUCCCUGAGUCAGUAUUGAAGAAGCAGAAGAGGGAACAGGAGUGGGCACUAGCAAAGAAACAGGAGAUUGAUGUUAUCAGGAAGAAAAAUGCUGCCAAACGGAAGAUUAUUUUCAAGAGAGCUAAGCAAUAUGCUGAGGAAUAUGAAAAACAGCAAAGGGAGCUUGUUCUGUUCAAGCGUCAGGCUCGACUAAAAGGAGGUUUCUACGUCAGCCCUGAACCCAAAUUGUUGUUCAUCAUUCGCAUCCGUGGUAUCAAUGCCAUGAACCCCAACACCAAAAAGAUUCUGCAGCUUCUUCGUUUGAGACAGAUAUUCAAUGGUGUGUUCCUAAAGGUUAACAAAGCUACAACCAACAUGUUGCACAGGGUUGAGCCAUAUGUCACCUUUGGGUAUCCAAACUUGAAGAGUGUGAGGGAGUUGAUCUACAAGAGGGGAUAUGGAAAGGUUAAGAAGGACAGGAUUCCCUUGACUGAUAAUUCCAUCAUUGAACAGGUGCUGGGCAAGUAUAACAUCAUCUGCAUUGAAGAUUUGGUAUAUGAGAUCAUCACUGUGGGACCUCAUUUCAAGGAAGCCAACAAUUUCUUGUGGCCGUUCCAACUCAAGGCACCGGUGGGUGGCCUCAAGAAGAAGAGAAACCACUAUGUGGAAGGAGGAGAUGCUGGGAACAGGGAGGAUUACAUUAAUGCUUUGAUCCGAAGGAUGAACUAGAGAGAGACUCUUCUUUGGUGUCUGCUAAGACUUUGAAAUUUUGUUUGGUUUUUCUUUUGUUAAUUCGAUGCGAAGAUUAUGUUUGAACUGCCCGAAGUUUAUGUUUGUGCAUUUUGAAACGUGUGCUGGAUUUGUUAUAGCAUUAAUCAAGUAUUCAAGUACAUUCCUAUUGAAGUCUUUAAAAUCGUCU